CAUCUACACAUUAAGCUGUAUUUUUGACAUGAGAUAUAAUGCCGGUCAAAUGAUUGGCUGUUUGUACUGAUGUAGAAACAACAGGAGAACAAGGCGAGGGGAAGGAGACAGAGGAGGGAGUUGAAAAGCGUGCAUUACCAGCAGUGGCUUUGACGCUUCUGAAGAAUCCAAAAGUACAAGAAGCUGUUAUCGAAAAAGGGAUCGAAGUGGCGGGGAAAUUGGUGGACAAACAACUCAAGAUAAUUGACGAGGCUCAGGAAAAAGCGGAGCAGUUUUUGAAGAAAGAGAUCAAGUUAGACAUAGAACCGGACAAAUCGUGGGCAACCAAUAGCCUGUAUGUCCCACCAGGAUAUCACUUCCAAUCGUCAAUCAGUGAUAAAGAAUCCUCCUCCAGCAAAGAAGCUCCUGAUGUCCCGUUUGUGUACCCAGCAGGCAUCGGCAGCGUAAUGAUGAACGGUUGUUACGGAAAAAAUUACAGUAGUACUGAUCCUUGCUACAACUCAAGAGCGAAGUCGACUGUAUGUUGGAACCAGAUCGAUGGGGCAGCAUUCCUUGGAGUAGGAUUUGACGGACGAGGAAAGUACAGUCCUGAAUCAAGAAAGAUGAGCAUUGUGCAAAGAAACUGCAAGAAUAAAGCAACUUACGAUGAUUUUGAUGUACCUGACACGAUGAAUGUGCACGGAAUCUACGAUACAUCGGCUUCAAUGUACACUUUUCAAGGAAGUGAAGAGUACACCACUUUCCUUCAGCAAGAGGCUGGCGUAUCUGGCUCCGCAUUUGGCUUUUACGCUGGUGUAAAGGAGGCUUGGGGCAGCUCUUCAGCUGAAACGAAAGAUAGCUUUUUGGCGAUACUUGACGUCGACAUUGAAAGAUACGAGAUAUUCAUGGACGAAGUGAAGCCCAGUGACCUCAGUCUUAAUUUUCUGCGAGAGUUCAUGGAGUUGCCGCUAUCUUACUAUUCUCCAGGCGCUCCGAUAAAGUAUCGUAAGUGAUAUACAGCAUUAACUAACUAACAUGAUUCACGCCUCAAGCUUAUGCAUGUCGUGGAAUGUUCUUCACGACAAUGAGGA